AUGGCGCACUCCUUCCUCCAGGGUUUACCCAGUGCUGUGUUUACUCUUUUCCUGCACCGGCCGAAGAAAUCCCUUCUGCUGCUUUCGUCUCCCGCUCAACUUCGAUUUACUUCUUCCUGGCGAGAGAGUGGCACGCUUCAACAAGCUCGUCUGGUGGCUGUUGUCAUGAUGUUUUGGAAAUAUUUUUUUCCGUCUAUUAUCGUUACGGUAGUAGGACCUACGAUUGGGGUUAAUGCAAAGCCAACUGCACCCGGUAUGAAAUUACCGUCGUAUCGAGGGUUUCCGGGCUUCGCUUCACAGCAUUUCCCUGGUCAGAUACCCGAUCCUGGCUUCGCUGCUCGAAAACAGUUGGAGUAUCAGAAACGCGGCAUCAACCGUUGUGGCCCUGAUUUCGGCCCAUGCCAAGAAGGGGCUUGCUGCUCACUGCAUGGUUAUUGUGGCAAUGGUCCAGAAUAUUGCGUGGCUCCGGAUUGCCUGUUCGACUUUGGGAGUGGUUGUGAUGCUUUGAAAUGGCCGGAAGGCGAAGAUACUUCCCCUGUUGCUCGCCCACACGUCGGAGAAGUGCCUUACAGCUUUAUUCCGAUUUAUCAGUGUGUCAAUCCAAACACCGUUGCUCUGACUUACGAUGACGGCCCAAACAUCUAUACGAGCGAUCUUUUGGACAUUCUUGACUCUUAUGAUGCAAAGGCUACAUUCUUCGUCUCUGCUUUUAACUCUGGUAAAGGCAGUAUCGACGACCCAAAUUACCCAUGGGCCGAUAUCCUUCGUCGAAUGUAUAACAACGGCCAUCAAAUCGCCAGCCAUACAUGGUCGCAUCAGAAUCUGGAUACCAUGUCCAGGGAAUUACGUCGUCAUCAAAUGAUAAAGACUGAGAUGGUGCUUCGCAAUGUUCUCGGUGCAUUUCCCACCUAUAUGCGUCCACCUUACUCCGCAUGUUCGGUCCAGUCAGGCUGCUUGGCGGAUAUGGAUGAUUUGGGAUAUCAUGUUGCUUACUUUAACGUGGACACGGACGACUACAAUAAUGCUUCGCCACACCAAAUCCAACGCUCCAAGGAUUUGUUUGACCAUGCUAUGGCAAUGCAUGAGGUAACCGGCCGCCCUAUGCUCGUCAUUGCUCAUGAUGUUCAUGAACAAACGGUCUACAAUUUGACUAUUCAUAUGCUCCGUCGUCUAUACGAAGCUGAUUACCAGGCUGUCACCCUUGGCGAAUGUUUAGGGGACCCUCCAACCAACUGGUACCGCUUCAUGAAUGAGUCUGCUGCUUUAUAUCCCGGCAAAACAAAUCCAGACACUUACAGACGGCCCGGAGAGAAGCCCAUCUCGAAUGAUGGCACCUGUGGAAAUGAAUACACCUGCAGCGGCUCCAAGUUUGGUAAAUGUUGCAGUGCGCAUGGUUUCUGUGGUAAUGCCUCGGAUCAUUGUGAAUUGGGAUGCCAAGAAUCGGCCGGAGAGUGUCGCGCGCAAUUGGGAAGCAUCGACAUUCUUAAAAAGAAGAAACACAAGCAUAAGCAUAAGCACAAGCACAAGCACAGGCACAAGAAUAAGGAUAAGGAUAAGGAUAAGGACAAGCACUCAUGUGAUUACGACGAGGAUGAAGACUGCGAGGAGGAUUAUGAUCGCGACUGGGAACAUGACUACGAGGAAAGCUAUGAAGAUGACGAAGAUGGGAUGGAAGAUGAAUAUGACGAUUAUUACGACGGCGGCGAUGAUGGUGAUGAAGAGGAUGGGGAUUGA